AUGCAGCGCUUUCAAGCUCAGAGCGCGUCUCAGCUACACCAGUCGCCCUCCGUCUCGGACGCUUCAGAGUUUUCCCCUAAGGACACUACUGGUGCCAUAGCGCCAGAGUUGCAACAUCUCUCUUCGAGCGACAUCGCUAUACUCGACGCUGUUAUCCACCGCGCGGGUCACUCGGCGACGACAUUUUUCACCGUUUUCAAGGCGUAUUCCGACGUCCUAAAGGAGCGUGGUCUGGAUCCUCAGGAAGUGGUGUACUAUGGAAAGCUGCUGAAGUUGGGAACGAUGAAGGGAAAGAAUUGGGGAGAGAAAUGGGAUCUGGUCAAGGCACAGCUGGGAAAGGGAGCUGUUAUAUCCGCGGUUGACCACUCAGAUGUCGAGUCAGAAGUUGCGCCGUUCGAAUCUGUGAGCAGAAUCUUUGAGCAACCUUACGUGCGUCCUGCUGCAAAACAAGCACACGCCCCGUUACGCCAGCCGUAUACAUCCCGCGACCUCGACAAGACAUUUUCGCUGGUCGCUCAAUCUACCCCAUUCGAGAAGGCAGAUUUCGUCAAGCAGACAUCAACGAAGCCAGAUGAUUUCAUCUCUUCUACGCCGGUACAACGAGUCAAAGCCAGAACACGUGUAGCUCCCACUAUCGGCUCAGAAGAUGGAGAAAUCUCGUCCCCAGUGCCACCAUCCUAUAAAUCUACGGCUCAUGAACAUACCCUUCCUGUUGCACCGUUGUUGCAGAAGCCGGAGAACAGGAGCCACAAUCCCCGCCCCGAGCUCAUGCUCAAACAUAGAAAGAUCGUCGCGCCGCCGAAGGAGAAGAAAAAAGCGGCAGAUAUGGAUGAUGCCUGGAAGAACAUCAAGAUGGAAGAGGACGAGAAGUGCGCAGAUGAUUUCCGAGAGACAAUACUCAUUGCAAAGUGCUUUGAAAUUUGGAAACAGGGCUAUUUCUGGAUCAAGACAACCCAUCAACAAAUACAAGAAGCAAGAGACAGUCUUUUGCUGAGAGUGUUUAUGCAACGCUGGGGAACUCGCUUGGCUUCUCAGCGACAUCUGGAGGGACAGCUCAUCGCACGGUUCAUGCGACGUCAUCUCAAGCGAAUCUUUAGGACAUGGCAGGUGAAACUCGGGCGCAAACGUCAAAUUGCUUGGAGAAUCGAGAUGCGCCAGAAGAUGAAAGUCGUCAAGAAUAAGUCAGAAUUUCGGGUCAAGAAGGAUGUCUGGAUGAAAUGGCAGCAACAGCUACUUGCACGCCGUGCACACGAACACUACGAGCUCGGCUUAUUGUCCCGAUCUCUCUCUCGUUGGAAGCAAACACUCGUUCGAAUUGAUGAUUUGGACAACAUCGCAGAAGAAUUUUCGAGAAAGACUGCUCUCGAAGCCGUCGUGCGCUGCUGGCAUUAUUGGAAAGGUAGCACAAUUUUAAAGCACCAAGGAGCUAUUGUGAGUCAACGAGUUGACUGCAGAAUCAUGGCAGAAGCGUUCGAUGUAUGGAGGAACCGCAUGGCAUACAUCGAGGUCGCUGAGACGUUCCGCCACAAAAUCACACAAAAACGCGCUCUGUCUGUGUGGAAAAUGUCUAUCAACGGAUUAAAGGCCUUGGAUAAUCGGGCAGAGAAAUAUGUUGCUCGACAGGACGAAUCUCUCUUGCGGGCCGUAUUCCGGAUAUGGAGAGCUCGCAUGAGAGGUAAACGACUGGAACAAUUCAAAACCUUGAGGCUCAUGAAGUAUGCAUGGCAAAAAUGGCGAUAUAGAGUUGGAAAGGAAGAGGCCCAACUCGAGGUUUCUAAGACGUUCUUGAACCGCAUCAACUCGCGAGUGGUCGCCUCUGCUUUCAUGAGAUGGCGCGAGGUUCAGACCACUCAUCGAAAUGCUCUUGCUUAUGCUGUCAAAUACGACGAAACCCAUCUGCAAGCAAGAGCUUUGCUCCUGUGGCGCAUUCGACUGGCUGACAAUAUUCAAUCGGCCAAAGUUGCACGUUGGGCACACCGAUAUUUUGCAACUCGCAAAGCGUGGCAACUCUGGAUCCAGGCCGCGGAAGAGAAGAGACGGCAAAGGCGAUUGCAGGAAUUCAACAGAUCGAAACUGCGCACAUUGUUCAACGUUUGGCGGCAUCGGACAACUAAAGAACGUCAAAUGAAACAAUGCGAAGAAAUCGUGCAGGAGCUCAUAAACCACCGCGUAAUCCGCGCAAUGUUGACUAGGUGGACGAACCGAGUUAUUGAGAUCAAGUCGCGGGAACUCGACGUAGCAACCCAAUGUGAUCUUGCUCUGCAGCGAGCCGCAUGGGUGAAAUGGAGAAUAUGCCGCCAGCAACAUGUAGAGGAGGUGAGUCUCCUAGAGAACUAUCUUCUAGUCAAGAAAGAAGAUCUCCUCCGCCGGACUUUCUAUCGAUGGAUGGCCUCGAAGCGUUUAGCUGAGCACCGCCGUGUUACCCACCAACGGAAGGAGGCUCACCUUAGACAAGUGGCCAUCGUCACUGCUUGGGAUAAAUGGAGAGAACGGUUCAAGGAAGAGAGAUUGCUGCCUCUGGAGUAUGAAGUUAUUCUGGCCAACCGGCGAAAUCUUAUGCUCCGCGCUUUCAGCGCGUGGGUCGGCAAAUCUGAUUCCCUACCUGCUGUGAGGUUCCAUUCGAAGCACCUGAAGGCUAAAUUCUUCAAGUUAUGGCGAAAUGUUAUGCCCAAUGCCAUGAGGGUGAAGAAAGCCCGCGAGACAGAUAGGACCAACACGCUUGCCAGGUAUUUUUCAAAAUGGGUGCAGACCUAUAAAACCAAGACCACCCUCAAGGCUGUGGCUCGGGCGAAAUGUUUGCGAUUACCUACGACUGCGACACGACAACCUGCAUUACGACCUGCUUAUUCUGCACCCACGAGUGGCCUUUUCCCUCGUCGGAGACCCCCAACGCCUGUCGACGAAAGCCAUGCAGAUGAGACUGCGUCUGUUGUAUCUUCGAGAACUCCUUUCGUUUCGAGACGAAGGGUAGAGUGCGCCAUCCCAGCGCGUUCCGAGAAGAGUCCCACUCGUUCAGAAUAUGCCCCAUCUGUCACCCGUCAAUCAAGCCCCGUUCGCUCAAUCGUCUCCAUGCCCGACCGACGAUCGAAGACUCCGACAUCGUUUAACCCUCCUGCUUCAAUAGCAAGCAGUGCAGUUGAAGGCGAAAGUCUUUGGACUGCCAUUCGAAAGGCAGGGCAAACACGUCGACCCAGGAACCUAUGA